GCCAUUAUCCACCUAUUCAUGUUUAACAUUCAGCUACGGGUCAUUACCUGUGAGCACAACUCUGAGCCAAGGAUCAUCUUCAGUUCCUAAAAGCGAACAUCCUCUGGAUCCUCCUGAAACACACAUUACCACUUUCAUCCCCCUUCACCCGCCUGCAUGGUAGUCUAGCAUGCUGCCUCUAAGGAUGUUGGGCCUUCUCAUGCUCUUGUUACUGCACGGUGCAGACAGUACCUCAUGUCCUCCAGAGCUCAACCCUCUCAUCCUGAAUCCACCGAUAGGGGAAUAUGGAACUGAAGUCGUAGUAAACUGUACCAGCACAUACUGGCAUCAUAAAGGAAUGACCCUGUUGGCUGAAAACAUUAGUAUUAUUAAAAAUGAUCCUCACUACAAAAUCUACAAGCCUAUGGCCCUGACAGACUGGAAUACAAAGGUCGAGUGCAAAAUACAGCUGAAUGACUCUAUUGAAUGCACUAAAGAGCUUGAAAUUACUGCAUACAAGACUCCGAAUGUUGUUCUGACUAUAAAAAAAAUAGAUAAGGCACGAUAUCAACUGCAGUGUGAUGUCUCCAAUUUUGCUCCUGCUCAAAACCAUACUGUCACGUGGUACAAAGAUGGUGAAAUCCUCACCACAAACUCUUCUGCUGGACUAACCAAGGAAUCAGAAAAUCAGUUCUUCACUAAGGAAGUUAACAUCCAGGGAGAAGGGAAAGUUGUUCAGUUUAGAUGCGAAGCUCAGCCGGACUUUGGGCCAUACACACCAUUGGGUGCUGUUAUUUCUGAUACACACAAUGUUUCAGCUCUCUAUGCCCCUGAGCUCAGCACAAAUUAUAGUGAGGACAUCAGUGUCUCUAAGGGUGAGAAUGUAACCCUGACUUGUCACAUUGAAGGAGAUCCUCCUCCUAACUUUCAGUGGACUGUUGAUGGCAAAGAUUUGGCAAAAAACACAAGCCAACUCAAAAUAACUGACAUAAAUAACAGUACAACAUACACCUGCACAGCUACCAAUGAUCUGGGAAACAAAUCUAUGGAAAUUUAUGUCAAUGUGACAGAAGUGACUACAGGUGCUGCUCCUGUUACCAUGACCACCCUCAAAGCACAGGCAGAACAAGGUUGCCCCCUAAUCCUGACACCCAGUGAAAUUAUAGUGAAAUUUGGAGACCCAGUUGAAGUUAACUGCACUGCAAACACAAAUAUUAGUGGAUCCGGUUGGGAGGUUUCAGCUGGAAGCGCACAUAGAUUAGAUGCGACCACUUUAACCUGGAAAGUUGAAAACCUGAAAACAUGGGAUAUAAAACCUAGCUGCUAUGCUAAUCUGAAAGAUCGUUCUCAGUGUGAAGUUGGGCUAGACAUCACUCUUUAUCAGACUCCAGAUAUUGUGUCAGUCUCUGGAGUGGAUCCUGGUCCAAUGAUCGAGGGCAGAGAGUACCAGCUGAAGUGUGAUGUUAACAAUGUGGCUCGUGUGCAGCUCAAAGUGAAGUGGUACCAUGGAAAUAAAACUGUGUUCACAGAUGACAUACAAAACAUCAAUACAACCCCAACCAAUGUGUCAAGUUACUACACAGUCACUCCUGAGAGAGGUGACAAUGGAUCAGAGUUUAGGUGUGAGGCUGAGCUGCAGCUUGGACCCAAAGGACCAGAAUUCAUCCCACCUGUAACCUCACAACCUUUCAAUGCUGUUGUUUACUAUAAACCUCUCUUUCAAGCUAUUCCAAGCCAUUACACUGUUGCAGAAAAAAACUUCACCAUGAGUGAUCUGCCAUAUGAAACUGAUGGGAACCCACCUCCAGAUGUUAAGUGGUACUAUCAGGGUACACCAAUCAACCUAAAUGAGUCGCUCAAAAGGACUGACACUGGAAGCUACACUGCUGAAGCUAGUAAUGUUAUUGGCUCAAUUACCACCUCUGUUUUUAUCACAGUUGAAUACAGACCCAGUUUAACCUGUAAGGAGCAGUAUGAGGUAGUAGAGAACAGUGAGUUAAAAAUCCCAUGUGAACUAGAUGGAUCACCUUCACCCUCUAUUACCUGGUUCAAACACGAGAAAGAGAUUUCCCCAUCGCGAUGGACAAAGCACGACAGUGGAAUGUACUCACUUAAAGCAACCAACACACACGGAGCAGUCGAACGCAAGUUUAAUCUUCAAGUUUUGUAUGCUCCUGAGUUCUUGGAUGAAAAUACCACUAGUAAGAUUACCCUUGGUCAAAAUGUGACCUUUAACUGCAGUGCCAAGGGCUACCCUCCUCCUGUGUCUAAAUGGACUGACACCAGGUCAACGAAUUUGAUUGUGACCACUGGGGAGCGCUACAGCACCAUCACUAUUAUGGAAGCCACGUCUGCCAAUGCUGGCGUUUAUCAGUGUGUUGCCACGAAUAAAGUUGGGACAGUGACAAGAUUUGUCAUACUGGAAAUAGGUGAAACCAGACCUUUUCCGAGUUGGAUGGUUCCCUUCGUCAUCGCGACUGUGUUGCUUGUGUCGAUUAUUUUAGUACUUGUGUUAUGGCUCAGGUGCAAGAAUAGAGGAGAAUAUAGUUUUGUUGCAAGCAAUGAUGCUUCCCAUAUACCCAUGACUACGCAAUCUACUGAAGGGAACGCUUAGAUUUAAAGCAUGCUGACAGUUUAACUGGAUGCAAGAACAGAUGGCAAAUGUGAAUUUUUCUGUUUGCAUGACACCGUCUCACCUUCAUAACCUACAUAUGACAUAGACAGUAUGAUCGUCUUGGUACCAAAUUGAAUGUUUUGAGUGGCACUGAUCGUUUGCCAAGCAGUGACAAAGCAGGUGUAUUAAAGGUAAUAGUAUUGUUUUAAAUUAUUUAGGCUAUAUUAGGGCUAAUCUCAUUUGUAAUUAACGUGAAAACCUUUGGGACAAUAGGAUUACAUUAUUGCAGUUAAUGAACUGGAAAAGGGGAUGACUUUUGACAGAUUUUAAUUAGGAAAUAAAAUUGAUAACUUAUUUUCAUGGUUGACCUUAUAAUUAUAAGUCAUUCGUGACUUGGAUCACAUAUUAAAGUGUGCAUACUGCAUGCUGUGUGUAGCAUCAGCUGAGGGAUGGCUGAUAAACUGAUCACAACUUUGUGUGGUGAUGUUAAUGACCAGCACAAAAUCCAUGGAUUCGGAGGAGAGACUUCAG